UUCGCUAUGAGAAAUAUUCCGACAAGCUAGGCCGACAAUAGGUAGUUUAACAAAUGAAAUUAAUUAGCAGAUAGCGAUGAAUCGCGUUGUUCUUUGAAACCGUCGGCGCAGCGCUAUAGGAGGAUAAAUAGCGUCGGCCGCAGUCUGGCAUCUCGGGAUAAGGGCGACCCUGAGUGUCGGGAUAAACUUUGAAGAAGUUCUUUGUAUCCAGGCACAAACAGACUGAGCUGUAAAUCAGACAUGGACUGGGGCACGGAUCUCUGGGACCAAUAUGAUGUCAUUGAGAAGCACACACAAUCCGGCCUGGAGCUGGUGGAGAAGUAUGUGAAAUUUGUGAAGGAGAGGACGGAGGUUGAGCAAAACUAUGCCAAACAGCUGAGGAAUUUGUCCAAGAAAUAUAACCUCAAACGAGGCAGCAAAGAUGACCCGGAGUGCAGGUUCUCCAGCUACCAGUCCUUUUUGGACAUCCUGAACGAGAUGAAUGAUUAUGCGGGGCAGAGAGAGCUUAUCGCCGAGAACAUGAUGAUGAAUAUAUGCAUUGAGCUCACCAAGUACCUGCAGGAGCUUCGGCAGGAGAGGAAGAUGUAUCUAUCAGAGGCCAAGAAAGCCCAGCAGAGUUUGGAGAAUACAUAUAAGCAGCUCGACAGUAGCAAAAAGCGCUUUGAGAGGGAAUGGCGAGAAGCAGAGCGGGCGGCACAGUAUGCAGAGAAGACUGAUCAGGACAUCAAUGCCACAAAGGCAGACGUUGAAAAGGCUAAACAGCAGGCUCACAUGCGGGCGCAUACAGCGGAGGAGUGUAAGAACGAUUAUGCUGCGCAGCUCCAGAAGUUCAACAGGGAGCAGAACCAGUUCUACUUCAGCGAGAUGCCCCUCAUCUUCAAUAAGCUGCAGGACUUGGAUGAGAGGCGAAUAAAGAAGUUGGCGCAGGGCUAUGUCUUGUUCUCGGACACGGAAAAGCAUGUGAUGCCCAUCAUUGGCAAGUGCCUUGAGGGCAUUACUAAAGCUGGCACUAAUGUCAAUGAGAGGAAUGACUCAAUGACUCUAAUAGAGCAGAACAAAUCCGGGUUUGAGCGACCCGGGGACCUGGAGUUUGAAGACUAUAGUCAGGGCAUCAACAGGGCCUCCUCAGACAGCAGCUUGGGCACCCCAAAAGGCCCCAUGGAUCUUCUGGGAAAGAACAGGAGCAAAAACUUUUGGCUUUUCAGCAAGAAGAGUAAGCUCUCUCCCUCGAUGCACCCUCCUUUCUCUACACCCCCCGCUCCCUCACCCGCUAACGGACCCCCUUCCCCCAAGUUUGGCCGGGACCCACUGUCGUACUGUUUGAAGGAGAUCAAUAAGACAGUCAAACCCAGAAUCUCUUCCUUCCGGACCCUCCGGAGAUCGAGGUUUACCCCAGAGAGGACCACGCCCACAGUCACAGAGGACUUUGCCCAUCUGCCCCCUGAGCAGCGCAGGAAGCGACUGCAACAGAAACUAGAUGAGAUUGGCAAAGAACUGCAGAAGGAAGUGGAUCAGAGUGAGGGCCUGGAGAAGAUGAAGGAUGUUUACGAGAAAAACCCUCAGAUGGGAGACCCGGCCAGUCUGGCCUCUCAGAUUAGCCAGACAGCCCAGAAUAUCGAGCGGCUCAGGGGAGAGCUCAACAAGUAUGAGACCUGGCUGGCUGAGGCAGGAGGUCGAGGCGAUACUUUGCGUUACAGAACACAUGCGUUUAAUAACAAUGGAGCUCACGAUGUCUACAGCCCUGAUGGGGCACACUCUGAGGAAAGCACUCCUGACCCUUCCCAAGCCAUCUAUGCUGAGUUUGAUGACGACUUUGAGGAGGAAGAACUUACCACACCUAUUGGCAGAUGCACGGCCAUGUAUAAUUUUCCUGGUGCCAGUGAAGGGACCAUCUCAAUGCAGGAAGGGGAGGUUCUGGCAGUGGUGGAGGAGGACAAAGGAGACGGCUGGACGCGCGUGCGGAGGACCAAUGGGGACGAGGGCUACAUUCCCACUUCCUACGUCACCAUCUCCCUAAAUAAGUGAUGGAUACAUGAGGGAAUAGGCACCAAUAAUAGAUGAUCAUUUCAGAAUACUGUGCGCAGAGAUCUCCCCAUGGGACCAAUCAAAAUGAACCCUCAGGACUAAGGGUGGGACUACUGGUCUAUCCAUGAGGAUCGUGGCCAAACAGGAGUGCUUUGACUUUGUCGAAGAGAUGAGAGAUGCUGAUGUUUUUGCUUCCGUGUGGGGAGAAAAGUGGUGCUAACAGUAUGUUCCCACAGGCCACGAAACCAGGCUGAGUCAUUUUUAUCCCAAUUACCCAAGCCACCUAUGCCCACCUAAGCCACACGCUUAAAGUUGUUUUUGAUUUUGUAUCACAGAGCAUUUUGGUUUGGGUUCGUUAAGCAGUUGUGUGAUUGUGAAAGGGUUCAAGGCAUCAUUGAGGUGUGUUAGCCCUGUGCCACAACCUUGUAAAGCACUAGCUUCAGAAUUUGAGAUAAAAAGAACGUUGAAGAAGACAAAAGAAAGAAACGUACCGCUGCUGCCAGCUCUACAUUGGGUGUUAAUGCCAGUUUAAGAGAUAGUUACCUCACCUGUUUACUUUUUCUUCAUUAAAAAUGGACCAGCUCUCUAGGACUCUGGCCGUUUGUUGACCUACAUUUCACAAUCUUUUUUUGUUUUUGUUUUUUUGUUUUUACAGCACAGUAUCUUUUGCUCAAGCACAGGGCUAAGUUGUUUCAUGCACCUCAGUUUUCAGCUUUAAGGUUACUUGCGAUGGCAUCUGGUACGGUUACAUUGCUCAUAUUUGGAGUGAAGGCCCUAAAGGUGUACCAGUUGGGAACAGGUGGGUUUUAGGGAGAUUGCUUUGUCCUGAAUUUUCAGCGGGCUGUGAGGUCAAAGAUAAAGACGGCACUCCUAGCAGGGCAAGAACAAUGCAUGCGCACAGCAGUAAUAACGCCUAAACAGUCAGACAAUCGCAGCCAUAUUCCUCCAACCUCGGUUGAGCUUCAGCCCCCUUCGCAAUAACUGCCUGCACAAGAGCAGGCCCUUGAUUUCUAACCCUUAAAAGUUUUGUGUUUUUACUGAAGAACAUAUAAUUUAUUAAGAAUGUGUAUGUUGCUAUAGUUGAGAAUUUCAAGUUUAACAGAAAUUCAAGUUUGUUUUUAGGAAGUUUCAUACUCCCCCCCCCCCCCUCCUUGCACACAUGGUGGAGUAGCCACUAGUGAGGAAAUAAGACGUAUUUAUGUAAUAAAUAAUAUAUAUUUUAGCUAUCACAACACCACUAUUGUCUUAUCAGCUUUUAACCAUUCAAAUAAAGAUUGCUACAUUGUGAACGGAUGACUGAAAGUCUCUUGUAAUAAAGUUGUUUUUUUUUAUUAUUAUUAUUUCUGGAUUUACUUAACACAUCAUGUUGGUCCACAUCUUGUACAUUGUUCUUGAGCCAUACAGAGGGAUUACUCCUAAUGUAAUUGACUCACGUCUUGGUGCCUUUCUGGUUAAAAGCAUUGUAUGUAUAUAUGCCACAUUUACACUCAAAAAAGACUAAAUAAAUGUUA